UCCAUUUAUUCUGCACUUUGGACCAGCAUUGGAGAUUUUUUAUUUUCUUUUUUAUAACAAGCUUCAUCCUUGCAAUUCCAGCUAGAUUUGAAACUGUGAAACUAUAUUUUUGUCCGGCAAGUUAGUCCAAAAGCUACUAAGGCAUUUUUUGGGUAUGGGAGGAGAGGGGGAGGAGCCAUAUGAAGCCCCGCCCCUCAGCGCUCUCCUGGACGUCCUACUGAAGAACAGACACAACACUGGACCCGUGAACCUGGUCUGGCCCGGACUCUACCUCAGCAACGCGUCUGCGGCUCAAGACAAAGUUCUCCUCCAGGAUUUGGGAGUGACCCACAUCGUGAACGCUGCACACGGCACGCAGCGCAUCGACACUGGGCCUGGUUACUACGGCGACACAGGUGUGGCGUACCUGGGCGUGGAGGCGGACGACAGCAAAGACUGCGACAUCAGCAUAUUUUUCUGCGAGACGGCGGAAUUCAUUGACUCUGCACUAACACAAAAUGGUGUGGUCCUGGUUCACUGUGCGCGUGGGGUCAGUCGCUCCGCUGCUCUGGUCCUGUCCUUCCUCAUGAUCAAACGUGGACUCUCUCUGAUGGAGGCGCUGCACACGGUCCGAAAACACAGGAACAUCCUCCCAAACGCGGGGUUUCUCAACCAGCUACGCCAACUGGACACUUCACUGCACCAACACAGGACUGAAGGAUCAGAAUAA